GUUGACUGUGUGAUAAUACAGAUUUACUUUGAGAAGAUGGCAGAAACUGCCCCAGCUGUUGCCGCCGCGCCGGCCAAAGCGCCCAAGAAGAAAUCCGCUGCAAAAGCCAAGAAAGCCGGACCAAGUGUGGGUGAUCUCAUCGUCAAAGCCGUUUCGGCUUCCAAGGAGAGGAGCGGCGUCUCUCUCGCUGCCCUGAAGAAAGCGCUCUCCGCCGGUGGCUACGACGUGGAGAAGAACAACUCCCGCGUCAAGAUCGCCAUCAAGAACCUGGUCACUAAAGGCACUCUGGUCCAGACCAAAGGCACCGGCGCUUCCGGGUCUUUCAAACUCAACAAAAAGCAGGCAGAGACCAAGGCAAAACCAGCGAAGAAAGCCGCUCCUAAAGCAAAGAAGCCCGCAGCCAAGAAACCCGCCGCUGCCAAGAAGCCCAAGACUGCAGCGACAAAGAAGACCGCCGCUAAAAAAUCACCCAAGAAAGCUGCGAAGAAACCAGCCGCCACCGCCGCUAAGAAGGCAACAAAGAGCCCCAAGAAAGCAAAGAAGCCAGCGGCUCCUAAGAAAGCAGCGAAGAGCCCCAAAAAGGCUGCUAAACCCAAGACGACAAAGCCCAAAGCAGCUAAGCCUAAAAAGGCAGCGCCCAAAAAGAAAUAAAGUCAAUAGCCUACUUUAUUUCCACUAAAAAGGCUCUUUUAAGAGCCACCCACCAGCCCUUUAAAGAGCAAAGUUUCAAUAUGUAUUUUUUGUAGUUAAACUCCAGAAUUUAUCUGAUUUAUUAAAACAAACAAUACUUAAUAAAAUAGUACUUCUACUAUAAAGUACCUAAAAGUUUUACUUUGGUGCCACGCAGAUUUUGGAGUAUGCCAUAAGAAAGCAUUAAAAUUGUUAAAACUGCUUUGUAUUUAUGAAGUGCAGUAAAGAUGUAAGUAAAUGUUAUUGCAGCAUAAUUUCACUACAGUACACAUCAGUACAUAC